AUGGCGAUAUGCAAGGGCCAUCGGCCGGAGUCAGAAUUCAACUCGGAAAAUAGGCAGUGCAGGAAUCAUAAGAGGGUGGAUCGCGAGAAGAGACGGGCCGAAGACAAUGAGAGGAAGGAGCGCCUUCUGGAACGCGCCGGCCCUGGAGACCAAUAUUGCGCUAAGUGCGGUAACAUACGACCCGAGACGGAUUUUGCCCUCAAACUGGAUGGAUCGAGGAAUUCCCAAUGUUCGAGACACUACGUCAAGAAACGCACCACUGCACCCCAUAUCGAGCCUACAUCAAAUUAUCCCCCUCCUGCACUACAGCCUUUGGCCGAUGCAACCUUAUCUCCAAAAGAUCCUCCGGUAAAUCCGCACCAGGGGCGCUCAGCUGCCUCCAUCUUGGAAGAACGCAAGCUCUAUAUUGAGGAAGACAUUAGGAAAGCAAUCGAGAAAAGCAUCGACGAUGUUGGCGCGCUUGUAAAGGCUCACGGCGACCUUCCAGAGCGUUCGAGGCUGAGGCAGGAGCUUCCGCGAUUCUUGGACGACUUUCUGAAGGCCGCGAAGGUUCCAAACAUUGUCUUCUACUCAGAGUGGGAGGCAAGGGAGGCCGUUAAGGUCCCCCCGGACACCAUUAUCUUAGCUACCAUGGAGGAGGCCGAGAAGAUCAUGCGCCAGGCACCACUGAGGAUCCCAAUCCUGGUCUGCAAGGAAGUCCGGAAUCCACCGCCCUAUCUUGAGACCAUCGACCAAUACCUCCGCAACACGCAAAUCUUCCCGUUCAUCACUGUCCAGGACUAUGAAGGCGAGGUAAAGGCAUCAACCACAAAGAAGAAGAACAACGAUGGCAUCAUAGGACCUCGUGCGAUGCUAAAGGCUAAGGUUGGGGCCUAUCUCAACGAUCCUUCCCUUCCCCCAGUGAAUUGCCUCGACUAG